UAAGCUCUGAAAAACUUUAUUCAGGAGUGGCAAUAUAAGCAUAAGCAAGAGGAGGCUCCAAGGGAGGGGAGAAGAGCCCGGGGGCUCCCUGGAGGUCAGGUGGCCAUCUUCUGCUCCUGGAACCAACAGUCACAGAGUCCUCUUUACCCACAAACAUUCUUACUGUUAGAACCAUGACUGGUCUCUCAGGAUUGUUUAUGUAAGCUAGAAACUUUCCACAAAGCCAAGGCUCCUGGCAAUGUAUUAUACCCCCCUCUCUCUCUCCUUUGCUGUAACCUGCUUACCUGGAAUUUUCACCAAGGAAUAUUGAUUUAGGGCUUUCUUCUGUUCUGUAACUAUAAAAGCUUCAGGAAACUAUGUCCGUGUGGGAACGGGGUACUUAGAACAACCUGUGUGCAUAUAUAUGUGGAGGUGAUGAUCACUCAUAUUUGACUUAAGAAUAUAGUAUCUUUUGUUCUUUGUGAAGUGAGAACAUCUAUGUCAGUUACCUGCCUCCUCAGAGUAGAACUCACCUCAAGUUUGCUUUACCUCCCAAUAAGUUUAAAGCACUUAGAACAUGCCGUGACCUAGAAGUAGACAGGAAAUGCUCACCGUUGUCCUGCCUGUGGAGAAUGGUUGCUAGGCCAGAAUGACGUGACAGGAACUGACAGUGUGGUUGUAAUAUCAUGUCUUUUUUUCAUGGUCUCCCAUGUUGUAAUCCACUAGUAAGUUGAACAAGAAAGUAAACAAACGACCUUAGAUUUUUGUUGCGUGGUUCUUUUUGUUUUUGAACAGAGUUGAAAUGGAACUUCAACUGUCCUGAUUGAGUGUUGUUUAGAAGUUCCUGAAGUACUGGUUAAUUCUGUGUUAGCUUUAUAAAAGCCAAUAUGCAGUACCUUGUGGACAUUUUUGAUUUGGAUUAAAUCAAGGCUCAUAUCUUCUGGGGUGAGGAAAGUGGUUGAAAUGAGUCUUCAGUGCCUCACAGCAUUGCAGUAUAGGCACAAUUAAGAAUAAGAAGCUUAGCAACUGAGCUGGGCCUGGUGGCACACACCUUUAAUCCUAGUGCUUGGGAGGCAGAGGCAGGCACAUCUCUAUUAGUUCAAGGUCAGCCUGGUCUACAUAGAGUUCCAGGCAAACCAUGGCUACAUAAUGAGACUCUCCCAACAAAACAAAACAACAGCAAGCUUAAUUUUCAAGCUCAGCUCUCUAUGUUGCAUAUAAAGGAAGAGGUCCCUUAGCGUAAAUGGUUGAUUGUCCACUAAGUGUUAGAUUCUAUGUGUUUCCAGAUUCUAGCAAACACAGACCAAAAAUACUAUUUUAAAAGUAUUUCUGCAGAACAUGUAUAGAUUAUUUUUCUUUAAACAAUAGAACCAGACAACUGUUUAAAUAUCACUUACAUUUUCCUAUAUAUCACAUGUAAUCUAACAGUUAAUUACAACUAUGUGGGAAGAUUUCUGUGCUGACAAUCAAAACAAUGAUGCAUUCAUGCUCUGUAAGAGCUCAUCUACUCUGCUUGUAGCUGUUUCAGCUCCAUACUUUAGCUUCCCAGAUCCUUUGAUGUCUCUUGCUGUGUUUCUGUAACUCUAUUGCAGUCAUUCUUUUUUUUUUUUUUGGAUAGGAUUUCUCUGUGUAGACCAGGGUGGCCUUGAACUCAGAGACUCACCUGCCUCUGCCUUCCGAAUGCUGGGAUUAAAGGUGUGCAUCACCACACCCAGAAGUUGAAGUCAUUCUUUAAUGGACACACACCCUUAAUGUAUGAUUUAUUAAUAUUACAACUGGAUUAAAAAACCCAUUUGUCAGUGCUGGAGAAAUGGCUCAGUGGUGAAGAGCAUUAACUGCUCUUCUAAAGGUCCUGAGUUCAAUUCCCAGCAACCACAUGGCGGCUCACAACCAUCUGUAAUGGGAUUCGAUGCCCUCUUCUGGUGUGGCUGAAGACAGCUACAGUGUACUCAUAUACAUAAAAUAAAUACAUAAUUAAAAGUGGGGGGAGAUGGAUGGCUCAGCGGUUAAGAGCACUGACAGCUCUUCCAGAGGUCAUGAGUUCAAAUCCCAGCAACCACAUGGUGGCUCAUAACCAUCUGUUAUGUCCUCUUCUUAAGUGUCUGAAGACAGCUACAGUGUACUUACAUAUAAUAAAUAAAUAAAUCUUUAAAAAAAAACUGUUUGCCAGUGGUCAACUAUUAAGGGAAAUUGGGACUACUUGGCAAAAAGCUUGUGGACUUAUUGUUAUUCAGUAAAUCCUGACAUUGUAUAAAGAUGUAAACAUGGUUCUGGUAUAAUACACUCAGGAUACAGUGGAAAAGAUUAAACAUAUUUUGACAUGAAAUCUUCAUCUUGACUGAUACUACACAUGAUGUAACUUUUGAAAAUACAGAAAAUAAUACACUCAACAGCACUUUGAUACAUCUAGUUUAAAAUCCACAUUACUUCCGAGCUUUUUAAACAUCACAGUUCAUUGAUUAAAGCGUCCAGUUCGGUCCAUCACAUUCCUGCCAGGACGCUUUCCGCGCUGCACUGCUGCAUCUUCAGCACUAGGUGGCGCCCCCGUCAGCGGCGCGCUCUGGCCGGUUCCCGCCUUUCCGAAGAACUUGUCAGAGUCCUGGGAACGCGCACGUCCCGGAGCCCGCGCCGGUGCAGCCCGGUGACCGCGCAGGCUGGGCAGCUGCGGUUGGCGUCGCACGUCGCGGGGUUCUGAGACGCCGGCCCCAUGUGGAAGCUGCUCCCGGCCGCCGGUGCGGCUCCAGGAGAACCAUACCGACUUUUGGCCGGCGUGGAGUACGUUGUUGGGAGGAAAAACUGUGGCAUUCUGAUUGAAAAUGAUCAGUCAAUCAGUCGAAACCAUGCUGUCUUAACAGUAAACUUCCCUGUAACCAGUUUGAGUCAAACAGAUGAAAUUCCUACAUUAACAAUAAAAGAUAAUUCUAAGUAUGGAACCUUUGUUAAUGAAGAAAAAAUGCAGACUGGUCUUUCCUGCACGUUGAAGACAGGAGAUAGAGUUACCUUUGGGGUGUUUGAAAGUAAAUUCAGAGUAGAAUACGAGCCCUUGGUUGUUUGUUCUUCUUGUUUAGAUGUCUCUGGGAAAACUGUUUUAAAUCAAGCUAUUUUACAGCUUGGAGGACUUACCGCAAACAACUGGACGGAAGAAUGUACCCACCUUGUCAUGUCGGCAGUUAAAGUCACCAUUAAAACUAUAUGUGCACUCAUUUGUGGACGUCCAAUUAUAAAACCAGAAUACUUUUCUGAAUUUCUCAAAGCAGUUGAAUCUAAGAAACAGCCUCCAGAUAUUGAAAGUUUUUACCCACCCAUUGAUGAACCAGCUAUUGGAAGUAAAAGUGUUGAUCUGUCAGGGCGACAUGAAAGAAAACAGAUCUUCAAAGGAAAAACAUUUGUGUUUUUAAAUGCCAAGCAGCACAAGAAACUCAGCUCGGCAGUUGCUUUCGGAGGUGGAGAAGCCAGGCUGAUGGCAGAAGACGACGAAGAGGAACAGAGCUUCUUUUCAGCUCCCGGAACCUGCGUUGUUGAUGUAGGAAUAACGAAUACACAGCUCAUAAUUUCACACUCCCAGAAAAAAUGGAUUCAUUUGAUAAUGGAUACACUUCAAAGGAAUGGUCUCAGACCUAUUCCUGAAGCGGAGAUUGGAUUGGCUGUUAUUUUUAUGACUACAGAGAAUUACUGUAAUCCGCAGGGCCAGCCUUGUACAGAAUUAAAGACAACGACUCCAGGACCAAGCCUUUCCCAAGUCCUGUCAGCCAAUGGAAAAAUAAUCCCAAGUGCUCCAGUGAAUAUGACCACAUACGUAGCUGACACAGAAUCAGAGCCAGCAGAUACAUGUAUGCCUUUGAGUGAAAGACCAGAAGAAGUAAAGAUCCCUGGACUGGAACAAAGCUCUAGGAAACUUUCACAAGAAACAUUCAAUAUAAAGGAGGCCCCUAAACCAAGCUCCAAAGCUAACAACGUAGCAUCAGAUACGCUGGUUAGAGGAAAGACCCCGAGCUAUCAGCUUUCUCCAAUGAAAUUUCCUGUUGCAAAUAAAAAUAAGGAUUGGACUUCUCAGCAGCAGCAGAACUCCAUCAAAAACUACUUCCAGCCAUGCACCAGAAAAAGGGAAAGGGAUGAAGACAACCCAGAGCUGUCCUCGUGCAAAUCAUCCAGGAUGGAGCUGUCCUGUUCUCUUUUAGAACAAACACAACCUGCCGGACCCUCACUGUGGAAAAGCAAGGAGCAUCAGUCUCAGAAUGCGACCCUGGACAGGGAAGCCGACACCUCAUCUGUGGGUGGGAUGGACAUAGAACUCAACAGGAAGAGUCCUGACAGGAAACCACUUCCCACAGAAACUCUUAGACCCAGAAAAAGAAAAGAUGUUGAUUUAGCUACAGAAGAGGAAGUCUUGGAAGAGUUACUGAGGAGUACAAAGCCAGAGUUGGCAGUUCAAGUGAAGGUUGAAAAGCAGGAGGCAGAUGACACCAUCAGAAAAAAGCCAAGGAUGGACGCAGAGAGGAAUCGGCCCCUGAAUGGUGGAUCAGAGCCGGAAAGCAACAGCGCUCUUCAAGAAGAUGAAAGAGAAAAGAAAGAUGAACUUCAGACAGAGUCGUGGUCAACAAAACAUGAAAUAGCUAAUAGUGAUGGUCUUCAGGACAGCAGUGAGGAGCUGCCACGGAAACUGCUGCUGACUGAAUUUAGGUCAUUGGUUGUCAGUAACCACAACUCCACCUCCAGAAAUCUAUGUGUAAAUGAAUGUGGUCCACUGAAGAAUUUCAAGAAAUUCAAGAAGGCGACAUUUCCUGGGGCAGGAAAGCUUCCACACAUCAUCGGAGGAUCAGACUUAGUAGGCCACCAUGCUCGAAAGAAUACCGAGUUAGAAGAAUGGUUGAAACAGGAAAUGGAGGUAAGUAGAAAGGGAGGCCCCCACACGCGGGAUUGCACUUUAGCCUUUGUGACUCGUCAGUGUGGGAGAUACAUAUGCAUGUGUGAGAGUGAGUGAGGGGGUGCCUGUGCACAGAGGUUGAUUUCAAGAGCCUUUAUUAUUACCCUUUUUUGUAUGUAUUUGUUUAUUUCUGAGACAGGGUCUCUCACUGAAUCUGGAGUGCCAGCUGCUGCUCAGCUGUCCCCUACCUAUCUUUCCCCUAGUGCAAAGAUGACUGUGUGUACCCAGCUCUUACGUGGGUGCCAGGGCUCUCACGCUAGCAUACUUGCACAGCAUGCCCUUCAUCCACAGAGCCAUCUCCCUGGUCCCAAGUAAAUUCAUCUUAAAAGGAAACUUAAGUGACUUUAGUGACCUGAGGCAGGAGCUGAUGCAGAGGCCAUGGAGGGAUGUUACUUUACUGGCUUGUUUCCCCUGGCUUGCUCAGCUUGCUUGCUUAUAGAACUUAGGACUACCAGCCCAGGAAUGGCACCACUCACAGUGGGCCCUCCCCGCUUGAUCACCAACAGAGAAAAUGCCCCACAGCUGGAUCUUAUGGAGGCACUUCCCCAACUGAAGCUCCUUUCUCUGUGAUAACUCCAGCCUGUGUCAAGUUGACACAUAAAACCAGCCAGUACACCAAGGAGAAGGGAGCUGCACCAAACACACACCAAUGCUCCUUGGAUGCUUGGGAGGAGUUAAAUGACGGUGCAGCUGUUGGCCUUUUCCAUCUUCAGUUGCUUUCCCUGGGAGUUAGAGAGGUGCUUCGUGAAUGCUGGGUGCAUGCCGCCAAAUGCUUGGUUUGUUGCCACAGUGGUUUCGGCGUGUAUACAGCUGAUGCACACACACCUGAGCACACCACACAGUGACAUCUUGCCCUAGGCUUAUCCCCACUACCUCCUGUCCGUCAUCUGGACUUUGUUCUGUGUCUGACCUUCUACUCAUGCUGCAAACCCUUAAUUUUCCCAAUCACUGGGCCAGUUCUUAAAGUUUCUGGUGAUGUUGUCACUUCUGUGAGUCAGACAAAAUCUAACGCUGUGCUACCUGACUGGAAUGUGGUCCUCAUUGUGUAGUAGACACUAAGUAAAUACUCAAGAAGUUGGCUUUGACCGUGACUACAUGUGGAAAACAAAUGGAGGGUGUCUUUCUAGGCAGAGGAGAAAUAGGAACAAAACCACUCAGAUUUUCAUAUUUAGGGGAAGAGUCUGUUUGUCCUUCUGUUCUGACUAAGAAAGCAAGCACACAGGGUCCAUGAGGGGGCACGAGGUGGUUAGGAGGCCAGCACACCAAGAGCCAGAUUUAGGGUUUGCACAUUUGAGGGUCAGACUGGGCAGUCGUUUGAGAAAGGAGCCUGCAGCAGGGGCUUUUCCCUGAUCUAACUCUGGUGCGUUAGGAGCUUGGUGAGGCCUUGUGAAAAUUAUUGUGGCCAAAAACUCCUCCGUCCUGAUUUAGCAAGAGGAAGGGAGAUUGCUCGCCUGUCACGCUGCUUUGACUGUUGAUGAUGUGAUUCUUGCACUCUCAACUCACGGUCACUGGAACGACUAUGACUCAGAGCAAGUUAGACAAGUCUCUCUUUAAAUCCCUAAUUAAAAAGUUUAAUUUUGUGGUUUUGCAUGUUUCUGUGUGUGUAUGCAUGCACUUCCAUACUAUCGUAUGUGCCUGGAGGCCAGAGGUCAGACUUUUGGAGUCAUACAGACGUGGGUAUGGAACUCAGCGCAUCAUGCUUGUCAGCAUGCAGCCUCACUCACUGAACCAGUUUCAAUGAAGCCCAUAUUCCAUCGUCGUCCUUGAGCCCAGAACACUGAACUUUCUGCUAAAAAGACUGUUUAGAAACUCAGUAACCUAGCUAUCUGUGUUGAUUGUCUUUGAAAUUGGCUAGACAGUUACUUAACUACAGUCGUGCAGUGAUUUUAGCAUGAAGUGAAAAUAGAGAGGUUGGCUGAAUGGGAAGACUACAGAAGAACACUUGCUGACGAGUGACAAGCUUGUGUGUGGAAAUCUGGAGGUGUUUGCUGCUGAGUAAAUGAGCCACAU